AUGGUGUGGAGGAACCUGCGAUCUUUUCCACAGUCCUGUUCAAUAUUGGGAAGAAAAAUUGCCACUCAGUACAACAGCUUUACUAGUAAAUCACUAAAAGAACACAUUGUCCCUCCUCUGAUGAACAUGCUAGUUUUUGUAGAUUUUUUUAAAGCACCAUUUCUUGUGGAUUUAAAGACACCGGAGCUGACGAUGCCUCACACAGUGAACUUUUACAUCAGAUGUGAACCUAGGGUGAUUCUGGGUAUCUGGCACACUGUUCCCAGCUGCCGAGAGGAAGAUGCUAAGGGGAAGGACCGUUGCUGGUAUGAAGCUGCCCUACGUGAUGGCAAUCCAAUUAUUGUGUAUCUUCACGGCAGUGCUGAACAUAGGGCAGCUCCUCACAGACUUAAGCUAGUAAAGGUGCUGAGUGAUGGUGGUUUUCACGUCUUGUCUGUUGACUACAGAGGGUUCGGUGACUCUACAGGUAGACCCACAGAAAGGGGUCUGACUACAGAUGCUGUCUGCGUCUAUGAGUGGACCAAGGCAAGAAGUGGUACCACACCCGUGUGUCUCUGGGGCCAUUCUCUGGGUACAGGAGUUGCUACAAAUGCUGCCAAAGUACUAGAAGAGAAAGGAUUUCCAGUGGAUGCUAUUGUCUUGGAAGCUCCAUUUACUAACAUGUGGGUUGAAACUAUCAAUUAUCCUUUGUUAAAGAUUUACCGGAAAAUUCCAGGAUUUUCACGCAUGAUUAAGGAUGCCCUGAAAGAUGACAACAUAGUCUUCCCUAAUGAUGAAAAUGUUAAAUUCUUGUCUUCUCCCCUUCUCAUCCUACACUGUGAGGAUGACAAGACGGUGCCUUUGGAGUUUGGAAAACAGGUCUAUGAAAUUGCACAUAAUGCCUACAGGCACAAAGAGAGAGUCAAGAUGGUGAUCUUUCCUCCUGGCUUCCAACACAACUUUCUUUGUAAAAGCCCUGCACUGUUACCAGCUGUGAGAGAUUUCCUGAGUAAGCAGUGGGCCUGA